AUGACAAGUGAGCUGCUGACCAACCUCUUUCACAUUGAUAGCCCCGCCCACGUGUACUGGAAGCAGUGGCGCUUCAUUCCCCGCGCUGCUCCCCGCGUCUCCCCUUCUCGCCCCUCCGCAUCCGCCGCGAAGCGGACUCCACGCGGCACCGCUCGUGCCGCCUCCGCCGCUGCGCGCGCGGAAGAAGCGGAGGGGGGCGGGCGGAAAUGGCGAAACGGAGGCGGAGAGGGAGCGGGGGAGGGGGUGGAGGGCACGCUGGCGGCGGUGCGGGCGGCAGUGAGGUGGCAGCAGUGGUGGAGGGCGAAGGGGAUGAUGGCUGUGUGCUGCUGGGGCGAGACGAGAGGCGCAGGUGGCGCACAGUGGGAGCCGCGCGUGUGGGUCUUCUGCUCCAACCCCACCUUCUCUUCAGGCCCGCGCCCCCCCUCGCGCCACCAGCAGCAGCAGCAGCAGCAGCACCAUCACCGAACACGUGGGCGGGCAGGGCGCCGGGUGGGAGGAAAGGCCGGGGCAGCAGUAGCAGUGCGGAAGGCAGGAAGGGGAGGCGGCGGGAGGGUGUUUGAGAAGAGGCGGAGUGAGGCAGCGGCAAGUGAGGGCGGAUGGGGUGGUGACAGCCUUGCUAUGAAACCCACUUUGGCAGCAUGGGGUUACUGGGCGGCGGAUGGCGCGUGUGUGUCGUUCCGCUUGCACAAGCUGCCCACUCGCCUCAGGCGCGCGCACAGGGUAGCUGCGGUGAGGCGCAAGGGCAAGGCACGCGGGGGGACUACUGGAAGGUGCAGGAAGGCGGACGCUGGGGCGGGGAUGAAGGGCGGAGGGCGCGGCAGUGGGUCGCGGAAGAGAGGGCGGGGUGGCGGAGGACGGGGGAGUGGCGGGGAGAGGAUGGCUAAACGCGCGCGCCUGCAGGGGGAAGGGGGUUUGGAGGGACUUGUAGAGACUCCCAGAGGGAAGGCAGGGCGGGAGAAGAAGGGGGUGGCUAGCAGGCGAGGUGGGACAAGAGGCGUGCGUGGGAAGGGCAGAGGGGGAGGCAGACAGGCGGGAAAGCCAGGGGAUCGAAGGCGAGCAGCAGGGGGGAAGCGGACUGGGAGGAGGAGGGUGGGUGUGAGCGGAGUGAAGCGGGCGCGGAGGAGGAAGAGAGUGGUGGUGAUGGGUGGGGUAGGGCAUGAGGAGGUGCUGUACUGGCUGUGCGAGGCGCUGAGGCAGAGAGUGGCGCGGGCGUUCGAGGCAGCAGGCUAUGUGGAGUUCGAUGGGGUCUUUGUCAAGCCCACCACCACAUGCAGCCAAGCCAGCCAUGCAGCGGCCAUUGCAUGUGAAGUGCGGGUGCGCCCCUCCGCCUUCGGUCUCCUGCUCCACACGCACGUCUCCACCAGGUCGUUGCGGGCAUUGACUCCUGCUGACUUCUCACAGCAACGACCCCAUGGCUCCGCGCUGCCAGCCCACCAUCCACCUACGCUCCCAUCCCCUUCCAUACCCGAUCCCCGCGCUUCCCCUCGCUUCUGCCCCCCUCCCUCCAUGGCAGUGCUGCUGGCGCCAGCAGCGUGGCCUGCUCUGGUCCAUCGCCUCACGCCUCCCCGCCUCAUCCGUUUCCUGCGUCGCUGGCGCGUGGAGCAGCACUUGAGGCGCAUACAGGGAAGAGAGGCGCGAAGGGGUCUAAGGGCAGGGGCAGUGCGGACGAAGCAGGGGAAGACUGCGAGACGGGGGUUAAGGAGGGCGACAGGGAAAGCGAAGCAGAGGAGGAGUGCUGUGGCCGUGAAUGGACAGGAGAGGAAAGGGAAGAAGGGGAAAGUGGGAGUGCGCGUGGGGAAGGGAAAGAGGGGUGGGAAGAGAGCAGCUGUUGGUAUAAAUCGGAAGGGUAGCGGUGGUGAGAAAAAGAAGAAGGGAAAUGUGGCAGGGAAGAAAAAUCCAGUUAGGACAGGAGGAAAUAAAAAGAAGGGAAUGGUGGUAGGGAAGAAAAAUCCAGUUAAGACAGGAGGAAAGAAAACGAAGGGAAAGGUGGUAGGGAAGGGUGGCGCCAGAGUAGCGAGGAAGAAGGCAGGUGAAGCAGGGGCGAGGAAGAUAAAAGGAAAACCAGGACGGGCGAAGAAUCGACCGUUGGCUAAAGUGGGCGUGAGGAAAACGCUGGAGAAGGCGGUCCAAGCAAGAAAUAAAGUGGUGGUUGCGAGGAAGGGGAGGAAGAAGAAGAAGAAGGUGACUUUUGCUGAUGUGCACGGUUGGAAGGCGGUGACACGGAACAAGGGCAAAAGACGAGUGAAGCUGCUGCACACGAUUGGCAAGUGGCAGAAGCUGCUCUCCCGCCAUCCAUCCGCCGCUUGCCUCCCUCCAGCCAUCUCUGCCGCCCUGCAGCCGCCCCUGCCGCCCGCUGCCUUGCCGCCCACGUUUGUUGAGGUGGAGCUGUUGGUGCCGGUGGUGGGCAGGCAGGGCGGCGUGAAGCGGCGGGGGAGGGGUGGGGGGAGUGUGGGCCGGGCGAGGGGUUUAGAGGAGAGAGGAACAGGCAGGGGGUCUGAUGGUGGGAAAAAUAUGGUAGGUGGUGAGGGGGAUGAAGGUGGGAUGGGCGAGGGGGGGCGGAAAAAGGGUGAAGGGGAAGGGGAGGAAACCUUGAGGGGUGGUGGGGCAGCGGGGAGUGGUGGCAGCGGGCAGGCAGGGCAAGCAAGAGGUGGUGAGAGGGAACAUCUGGGCGAUGUGUCUGCAGCAGGGCGCGAGAAGAAGGGCAAGGGACGAGGAGGCGAGGCGGGCGCAGAGGGAGGGCUUGGCACAGUGCAUGGGCGCGGGGGGCAGGAGGGAGUGUUGCGCGUGCGGUUGCUGGUGGACUCGCGCCUCGCCAUGCUGCCGCUCUUCCACCCGCCUCCUCUGCACCUCCUCUCCUCUCGGUCCCAACUGCUCCCUGCCCACCAGCCAUCGCUGCUGCCCUCGCCACCCAACCCACAUCCCCCAUCUCGCCAACCACACCCCUCCACGCUCCCCACCCACAAUCCCGCCACUGCUGCGCCUCUUACCGCUGCACCCUCUCUCCACCCGGCCCCUCCCUCCCACCCUCCUGCCUCUUCCAUUCCCCCUGCCUCUUUUUCGCCAUCGCCACCGCUCUCCUCUCUCCCCCUCGCGCUGCCUCAUCGCCUCGAGCUUGCUGCACCUCUCUCCUUCCUCCGAAUGCUGCCCAGGCCGCCCCAACCCAAGCCAUCCACCCAUCCCCCCGUUUUGCCACCACCCACCCCUCAUCGCUCCCCUUCCCCUCCUCCCUCGCCCCACCCCACCGCUCCUGCCUCCCCUCCACCUGCGCCCGCGCCUCCUCCUGUCCCCUCCGCUGCUGCUGAAGCUUCCACUGUCGCCAAGGAAGGGCAGGAGGGGGCUGAGCAAGGCAGGGAGGCGGAAGGGGGGCGGAGUGGCAAGUCAAUGGGCACGUGGCAGGUGGUGGCGGUGGGGCGGGGGGAAGCGGAGGGAGGUGGUGAUGGCAGGGAUGGGGGGAGUGGGUCUCAGGCACUGGCGAGCAGGGAUGAGGAUGGGCAGCAGCGCAGCAAGAGGGCGCGCACGACUCCCCCCACCAUAGGCCUCGACGCCAUGCGUGAGCCAGACCUCUUCUGGUCCCACCCGCUCAACGCCUGGUUCCUAGGCCCGGGAGACGCCGGGGCCGAGCCUGGGCCCGAGGCUGGGGGUGAGGGCGGGGGCGAAGGGGCGUUGGAGGUGGUACUGGGUGUGCAGCAGCUGGUGGCGGUGUUGGAUGAGGUGGAUGGGCAGGUGGUGGCUGGCAUGCGCGCCGAGGGGGGCGUGGGGGCGCUGCUGGCCGAGGAGGAUGGCGAUGAGCAGUGGCUCGGCGAGGUGAGUGCCCAAGGAGGUAGGGACGGGGCGAGGGCCAUUCGCCUGGAGCAGCGCGUGCAGAACGAAGCAGAGGUGCUGCUGCCGCCUGCAUACACUGCUACUGCCAGCGCUGGGAAGCAACACGCACGCACUGCAGGAGCAGCCGCACCGGCACAGGGGGGUAGUGAACAGGCGAUGGCAGGAGCGGCAGGUGCUGGGGCAGGGGCUGUGGCAGGGACAGGGCAAUUGAACAGUCGCGCAGAUGGAAGUGUGGGCGUGGAGGUGUUGAAGGAAGGGAAGGAUGCGAGGGAAGGGAAUGAAGCAACGGGGCCUGGAGGCGCAGCAAGAGACGGAGCCCCGUCGAGGUUGUACCGUAGCAGUGUUCCUGCCUUUGCCCGGCGGGUGCUGCUGUGCCCGCCAGACCCACUUGCUGCUCCUGCCCCUGUGCCCGACCACUCCCACCUUCCGUCUGCCUCUACUGCUGCCGUCCACCCUGUGGGUUCAUCCCAGCAUGGCAGCUCCAUGCCUGCUGCUACCAGCAGCACCAGCACCACUAGCAGCCGGCAGCGGUACGUGUAUUCAGAGCUGCCACCGCCCGCCACGCCUCUUACCGCAUCUCUCCCCGCAUUGCCACCGCACUCAGCUUCUGCCACCGCCCCCUCCUGCCCCGCUACUCCCCCUCUCUCUGAUCAACCCCUGAACCGGGCGUCGUUGUUCCUGCCCCUGCCCGGGGCACCCCUGCACGCCUCUGCUGCUGCCGCUCCCCCCCCUGGCGGCACGAUAAGCAGGUCUGGGGGGGGCGUGGCCCCUGCUGCUGCUGCUGGAAUGCGUGAUGUGGGGGGUAGUGGCAGUGGUGCUGGCGCCGCUGGUGCUGCUGGGGCAGGUGGGGUUGGUGUGGCAGGGGGAUCAGGGCUGGGGGAGGAGGAGGAGAGGCUGAUGGUGGCGGCAUGA